GGAAAAUUGGAUGAUGAGUGGAUUAUCCAUGUGCGUCAUGUGCUUUCCAUCCCAGUGAACAGUUGGUCUUGACUUUUCACACACAUGGUCUAGGCACUCUUUUUUCUUUUCUCUCCACUUUUUGCAUCCUUUUUCUAUAUCCCCUUUAGCAUGUCUCAAGGAGUUACGGCUAGUAACAUUGGCUUUGACAGAUUUUUAUCGCUGGAUACCCUUGAAAUCGGCACUAAUAAACGGCCCAAAUCAAACCCGCCAUGUUCCCAUUGCCAAAAAGCUCAACUCAAAUGCGACGGAGGUCGGCCUUGUCAGGGCUGUGUCAAGCGUGACUUGGGAACAACAUGCAUCGACGCUGGUUCCCAUAAAAAGCAAAAAUGUACCGGCGAUAUUGCAAAACAGUGUAAGACAAAUACACAAAAAGCGGGGGAACCGAAAACAAAAAAGGGCCAAUUUACUAACCGUGCCAUUGUUUUGUCCAAAUAUUCUUUUACAUAUCUUCAUUGUUUCCUGUUGUCUACAGCCGAUGAUGAUUUACAGCAAAGUCUAGAUGCCGAUUUCUUGACCCACUCUCAACUAUUCAACUUUCCGUUGACAGACAUUGGAUUUAAUUCCCAGACCGCGGGUCUGGAAUAUGGCAUCCUUGGAAACAUGUUGGAUCUCAGUGACAACGGACGACCACCCUUGCCAAACAAUAACGUAAACAGUAACAACAAUAACAGCAACAACCAUUACAGUUCAUAUCCCGGAUUUAGCGACGCUAUUUCCGAGAAUACCACCAAUUUCCUUUCUUCCUUACUUGCAUCGUCCAAUGCCUCAUUUGCUGCAGCAGCCGUCAACCUUUUCCCGUGCGGCAACCUGGUGAAAUCAAACCCAGUUCCCAAGAAAUCAUCACCGACCUUACCGCCCACACCUCCCACUCCAUGCGCCAUAUCACCUGCUUCCACAUCUUCCAUCGCCAAACCGUCUCGCGAAAGCCUUUCUUCCACGGCCAAUCGUCGAAGGAGACCCAAUAGUGGCAAUACCCCCGAAGCCGUUUACAACAGCGUUCAACGACCGUUCAAUUACGCCGAAGGAUUCCAUUAUUUGAUUCAAUAUGUGCAAUCAAAAAUGGGAAAGGAAGAUCUGACACGCAUCAGUCGUGCAUUGGCAAUGUUCCGACCGUCGUUCCUAGCAUUGAUCAUGAACUUGACAGAGGAAGAUUUGAUCUUUAUGGAAAAAUGUAUUCAGCGGACAUUGCUGGAAUAUGAGAAGCUGGUCAGCUUUUCAGGUACUCCGACGGUCAUAUGGCGACGAACGGGGGAAAUCUGUCUUGUCGGGAAAGAAUUUUCGCUGUUAACCCAGUGGACAAAGGAUAUGCUAUUUAGCAAGAAAUCAUAUAUUUACGAGUUGAUGGAUAGUCAAUCGGCUGUGGAGUACUGGGAAAAAUUUGGCAAACAUGCAUUCGAUAAUACAGACCAUUCCACCAUGACGUCGUGUAUCCUGAAAACGCCACAACACAAACUGGUCCCUUGUACAUUCUGCUUCACAAUUAAGCGGGAUAUCUUUGAUUUGCCAAGCAUCAUCAUCGGCAAUUUUCUGCCUAUACUUAGCUGAAAUUCUUUGACAUUUACGCCGUACGCUAUCAUCACUAUUAUCUCAACCAAUAAAUUUAAACUCAU